CGUCUUGUUGCAUUGCAACCUGUCAACCUGAGCUGUUCAGCUCGCGGCUCGCUCAGUUUGCGCAAUGUGGAAGACGCAGCGGGUUGUGCUGCUGAUCGACACGUCGCCGGUCGCAGCCGCGCUCGCCACGACGCCGCAUCGCUACGGCAGCGUGCCCAAGACAGGUUCAGUCUCCGUUGUCCAGGUCGAUGCACAGCACGGCGGCGAAGGCGGCGGCGGCGAAGACUCGCUCGCGUCUCAAGCAGGACCGUUUCCCGCCAUUUUCAACGCGCGCCCGCUGCUUGCCCAAGACAAGCUCCAUCAAGACGCGAGGACUGCAACUGUCACACACGAUGUGGCUGAAACCCAUCGGAACCACCACUGGGCUGCUGCGUCCGCUGCUGCUCAUGGUUCUGAUCGUCCAAGCGCCAGCUCGAUACUCGACGUGGACGUGGAGCCGGAUGAGACAUCCAGCCACCAUCAGAACCAUCGCCACGAGCAUCAUCGAUCGAGAGAAGGACAGACAACACUGGGACAGACGGACGACUCGGACGAUGUUGGGUCGGAUGGAAGUCUGCUCUUGCUGAAACACUCGCCGCGUCGCAGUCCGCGAGCAUCGGCGCAAGCCAGUGCUCCCAAUCGUGAUCCGUUGGUAUCCAGCAAGCAGGCCAUGCGAGCGUCUGGCUUGAACCGGCCUCGCAAUCGGCGUGGCGCCUACGAGGACGAGACUGGCUGGGAUGCGUCCGAGUCUGUCUUUGAACGUGUCGCAGCAGCAGACAAGCAGUCCUCGGCCCAGCCGGUCGGUACGCUGCCGCGGUCUCCUCGAAUCGUCACUGGACGUGGUCGGCUUGCUCACGGCGAGGCUGGUUUUGCCCAGUCGGCCAGCUACGAAGCAAAGUCGCGGCGCGCAUCGGCGCCAAGCUACGAGUGGUCAUCCCACCAUCAAGACUCGCCAACCGUAGCCAUGUCACCAAACGAGCCAAAACCAACGUACGGCGACAUGCUGCGUGCGAGGCACUUGUCGACCUCGUCGAUUCCUGGGUCUUUAAGCGAGACUGGUUUGGAUGUGCGAGUCGACUUGCUGGGCGGGUCAACCCUACCUCUACCAGCAUCCAACCUCACUCGGGCCGAUAUGCGUGCGUACGUAUCAUCGACGCUUGACAUGGUCGCUACCCUUGAAUCUGUCACCCCCAAAACCCUCCCGACCUGGGCUGCCGACUAUUGCUCGUUAAUCGAAGCCGUGAUUGUCAAAACGCUCGUCCAUCUCCACGCGAAUGCCAUCCAUGUCGCGAGCUUGAGUGCACCUACCAGCUCGGCACCCAAGACCAGCACCUUUUCGUAUUCGGCCAAGGCGCACUCCGCCUCAAACUCGCGUCCAUUUCUCUGGGGCGUCAAAUUCUUCAACAGCAGUCGGUCGGACUUGGCCAACCUCGACCGCCACGUAUUUAAUGAGCUCUCGAGCACCAGCAUCAGCGAGGUGGCUUCCGAACUGCGCGAGCAGAUGGCGCUGUCACUCUCGUUGUUGCGAACGUCCUCCCAGCACAGCGCGACGCUGGCAUUCUUACUAGCACAACCGGCCACCUCCAGCAGUGGAAAAACUGCAAGUAUUCAAACUGAAUCAGCUCAACAUCACGUGCCGCUGACUCCUGUGACUGAUGGAAAUGCUUCCAGCGGCGGCAUUGCCUUUGGUGCUCAGGCUGCUGGAGGUGGUGGUGGCGUCGAGCUGGGCCGAACCAGGAGUUUGACAGGAGGCCGACGGAGCGCUGCUACGGCGCGUUCAAACACUCCAAACCCGACAACAUCCGCAUACUCUCGUUCCGACUACAGCGAGGUCACCCCGGCCUCCGCUUCCGCGCUUCGCUGCGUUGCGACCGCCCUGAAGGAGGUGUUGAGCGACUUCCAAUGGAACCCCCAACAUUUGGAAUCGCCUGUAAAGUCUGGACCCGCUCCCGUGACUGCGACCAAGUUGUGGCAGCGGCCGUUCAACGCGCUCGAAUCGGCGCGCAAUGUCGUCCUGUUGCUCCGUCCGUGUCCUUCCUCCCUCCACGAGAUGGGCGACGCGUUGGACAUGCCUUCGCCCAUGGAUGAGCUGUUUGUGCCCACUACCGCGGAGGCGCUCAAGUCUACCCAAGCGCCGUACUUGGCGUCAAUCAACGCCUCCGUCAAGGCUGACUUGGCACUGUCGCAAAUUGCACAAAAAUGGAAGGAGCAGUGCCUUGCGCUGUUUUGGGUUGAUGUGCGGGCCUCAGUGAACUCGGGCCUCGGGUUUGUUUCUGCUCCUGCUCGACAUUCGUUGCAGCACCUCUGCCGAACGACGCACGGUGCGAUUCUCCCGUCCGCCAUUCUGCUCGGUGGGCCGCAGCCUGCUUUGCCAUUCUCGAUGCGAUUGAACGCACUGCUUGCUCUCAAAGAUCUCGAGUAUUUCAAGGCACUGCACCCGAUACACACACAGACAUCCGCCGCAGUUGAUGCCCGCCCCGACGACGGCGACGGUACGGUAACUACCUGUUCUACAGCGGAAAUGGGCAACGACCCGCCCGUCUUUCAGUCACUGUGUCUUGAACCGUGGUAUCCGUUUUCAGGCGCAUCCAUUCCGGCAACCAGUCUUGCCUGGCUGCAAUCCAUCGCGGCAAGUCACCAUCGUGGCCAGAGUGAUGCUGGCGACCGGCCUCAUCGAGAUCUCAUUCGACAGCCAUCCUUGAUGAUGCGAAAGUACGCCGAAAUUUCGCUGCUCGAGUAUCACGAGAGCACAGUCAAGCUUAACUCGACCAAGCCGCUGGGUUUGCGGUCGAUGCUUGCUGCAGACCAUGCUUCCUCGAGUCAACCUUCCUCGACACCUCGAAAGCCAGCAUCGUCGCCCAUUCGCAUGCGUAGCUCGCCGUUUCGUGCUCCGACUGGCUGGUCGGCUUUAGCGCCGUUGAUUUCGGCAGCCACUUCGACCCGCGACUUGGUGCAACUCGUGACACGAGCCACGCGCGAAGUUCCCGUUGUUGAUUUUGCGCUUUCCGCUUUGCCGGCAGCCGUUGAAAAUGCACACGGCGGAGCGGCACUGCUACAGGCGUACCUGACUCAGAUGGUUUCGGUUGCCACGCCUGAUUCCAAGCGACGCAACAUUCAAGCGGAUAUCGUGGCUCGCUUUGAGCUCUGCCGUGUCAACACGCUGCCGGAUCCAAUUCCUCAAACAGAGCUGAUACCGCUCGAGAAGAGCCUGGCGUCGCUGUCGAUCUUGUUGUCCCGCGAGCGGGGCGGCCUGGCGCGCUUUCUCGAAUCGUGUUUGGUUGCGCGUCAUCUCCUCGUCUACCCCAUCACGCUUCGUGGCUUGUUUGAUGCGUACGAGCUGAUCAUUCCUCCUGCCCUCAUUGCACCAGAAGUCGACGAGGCGCCUUCUCCAGCGGCUGCAGCACCGUCGCCCACCGCACCUAUGGACGUGGCCGCCACUGCGAUUCAGAUUGUUGGUGCGCCCGAGAUGGCCAUGCUACCCACGUCCGCAACCAUCACGUCAGCCACCGCGACUGUGGUCGGCGCGUCAACUACUACUACUGUUCCAAAGUUCACUCUUCCAGCAGCGGUGGCGGGCUCUUCCUCCAAGGCAGCAGCAGCAGCAGCGGCAGCGGCAGCAGCAGCAACAGGGCUUGUCGCUUCUAAAUCCGCCACACCCAAACCUAAUCGUGUCAUUUCCCGCGGGCCUGCCACGUUGAUUGAUGUUCCGACCAACACAAGCCGCCAGCAAUCCUCCAAGCAGCAGCGAGCCCCAGCAUCGCGCUUUGGGACAAAGUCAAAGUAUCUGUCAUCGGACUCGACGGCAGCCAAGCAACUCGAAGCUCAGACGCGGUACGUGUUCUCCAUGCCGACGCAAGCAGCUGCAACAGCAACUGCACCAGCGAGUCAGCCCGUCGCUGCUGCUUCCUCUGGGUCGGGUGUUGGUCGCGCCACAACCACCACCGCCGCCCUCGCAAUGUCUCCUGUCCAACCUUUCAAGCGGAAUGCUGGCGAAGUCGAUCACUCCGCCUCUUCCUCCUCUGGCACGCAUGCAACGCAUCCCGGCAAGCGACCUCGGCUUGCUUCUGGCGACGAGGUGACUGCCCAAGACACACCGGUCAAGAAUCAAGGCGAUGGCGCUCGCGAUGCCUCUGGUGGUGCUGCUGCUGCCGGACUUGGAAGGAUUGCGCUCGAAACACCGGUCAAGAUGCUUCGUACAUUGUCUCGCCAACUGGGGCCUGUCGACGGCAGCGGCAUCGGAGCGUCUGGCCUGGUCGUGAACGCAACCAUUCCGCCCUCGGCCGCACCAGUCACGGCUGCAGUCUCGUUUCUUGCAGGGGCUCCUGUUGCUGCACGGCGUCCUAGCGCGGCGGUCGGGCGGCCUGCUGCGAAUAUCAAUCCACCUGAACCAGAUGGUUCAGCAGCCGUCGCAUCAACCUCGUUCAACGGAGCAGUUUCACGACCUACCUUCGCUGAGCACGACCCAACAGCUGCGGCAUUGCAUGUCGACCCCUCUCCGCAGCGCACAUCGCCAAGGUCACCCAUCCGUCCUGCGCUCAAAUCCCGGCGAGCACUUCAGUGGUGA